AUGUCCGACACGGUCACCUGGGCUUCCAGUUCAGCAAUCUUACGACGCUCCACAACACGCAUCGUGCUCUCCCAGCUUUCAACAGGAUCUCAGCAACACUUGGUCCCGAGGAGGUUGAAUUUCAAGAUAGAGCUCAAGCCCUCGGCUCCUGAGGCUCGCGAACUCGUUACCCGCCAGUCGCAGGAUAUCACGACCAUCCUCACCAACCUGAACAACGACCUCAAGGAUCCCCUUUCCGCCCUUAGUGGUCUGACGUCGAGCACGGCUACCAGCGACAAUGUCAACAGCAUCGUGCAGCAGAUAAUCCCAAUGAUCCAGUCUGCCACCGAUGCUCUCGGCAGCGCGUCAGGCACUGGGAGCGGCAACCCUCUCCAGCUCGUCGGCACCACUAUCACCAAUGUCAUGUCGGCUGCUAACAGCGCUAACAGUGUCUCUUCGGACGUCGCUGUAAUUGGUGUUCUCCAGCUCCUCGACCCGAUCCUGGCUGCUCUCGUUGCCCUCGUGCUCCAGCUCGUCGCCGGUGUUCUCACUGUCGUCGUCGGCCUUCUUGUCGGCCUCCUCGGCGGCGUUGUCGGCCUCAUCCUCGGCCUGGACUUUGCGUCGCUCGCGUCGGUGCUCCUGCUCUGA